AUGAAUCGCUCCUACUCUCUUGAAUUCCCCGACAAGAAUGAGUUUGCCAAGUGGGUGGUAGCGAAGGCCACCUCCACUCUAGUGACCUGCCAUGGUGACAUCAAGGUGUACCGAGAGGAGUUGUUGAAGUUUGCGGGACGUUGGCCAACGACUUAUCUGAAGAAACUAGACGAAACCCGCGAAGGCAGCAUCAAAACGGCUUAUGAACACCGCAAGAAUGAGCUAAAUGACAGAGUUUCCUCGUUGCGAACGCAAUUCGCAUCGCUCACCGAUCCGUUGUUCUCUGUCAGCUCUCAAGCUAAACCCGGCAAGCGCUACGUGGCUGUGCAAACGCUCCGAUCAUUCGUUGAGGAGCUUCAGCAAAAUGACGAAUUAUGGAGCCGAAUUGAUUCGCCCACCAAGUUUGCCUUGUCUCUUCCGCUGCGUAAGAAGUACGACAUGCAGCAGCUUGUUCGUCUUUUGGGGCGAGACGUCAAAGCGGUCUGGUGUGACGCCAUUGAGCGGGUGUUCUCGAAGAUGCAAGAAGGCCUUGAAGACUCGAAAAGUGACGACGGUUUGCACGCACUCGUCCGUGACCAGGUGAUCGCCAAGGAAUUUCGCGCUCUCCUGAAGCAGUGGGUUUGCCAUAAGGCGGCACGUCGAGUGGUGAUUACUCCAGAAAGCAGGAAUGGAAGAGUUUACUGCCAAAUGGAAGAAACUCCAAUAAAAGUGAAGGAGCUCAAGUCCACACGAGGCAGACUAGGACUUGACCAGUCAUCGGAUGAAGGUACCAACGAUUUAUCCAGCAUUCGUCCCGAAGGAUAUCCAAUCGUGGCUUCCCGCAACAGUGGUGAAGUCGGACAGCCGACGGCGACGAAUUCGGUUACUAUUCACGCCCGUAACUUCGAGAGCGGCAAGCCUGAAGAUCGUGGAUUAUUCGCAGUAUUUGGCUCUAACAACGAAGAGACGCUGGCAUUUUCUCGAACUAACUUGACAAUGGCUAAGCGCCACGCACUUGACCUGCAAGUGCUCAAUGACCGCCCUAUCACGAAGAAACCCAAGCGAAUGUCCAUCACUCCCCUUGCCCCACAGCAACGGAUGAACAGGUCAUCACGUCAUGAUAUCUACGACGAUAAAGAGCAAAAUAUAGGACACUACUCACGAAAUAAGCGGUUGGCCAAUUCAACUAGCGAUUCUCCUCUACGGGGAAAGGAAUUAUCGCAGUUCGAGUCUUGGCUCAAAGCUCCGGUCGAAACUCCAGCAGUACCCGGUGCAGGAGCUGCAAAACGCGUCCGAGAUGACGAUUUACGAAUGUUUCGAGACAAACGCGUGCUCACUCACCCGCCGAUUUUUCCAGUUGAGGAGAAUAAUACUACGAGAAUCUCAAGACGUUCGCGGUCGCCUAAUGACAGACCUCCUCGAAAGACAAGGCGCCCUGUAGAUGGGGUGUUCAAGCGCAGUUUGGCUCGAGAAGCUGCUGUCUCACUGCCAUCGAUCGUGAGUCCGACAAGCAAGGAUAAAGUUGUCAUGGAGUGGCUGUUGGCAGAUUGCAUAGGCAAGGCUCGUGGUGUAGGAGCUAUGCAUGGAUCGCCUACACAACCAAACGACCAGCAUCUUGAUAAAGUAUCGAGCCCCAGCGAUUGCAUUGUACUGCCGGACCAAGUUUUUUACGAGCAGAAUUCUAUCAAGGAAUUGUUCUCGAGCCAGCCUCGGCUACUGGAGGAGCUGAGCACUCAAAGACCAGCAGAAGUCGCGGUCUCAAACAGCUUCAAGCCACUCAAGCAACUGAUCCUAUCGAACAAUCCGAACGUGGGUGAAAAGGCGCUACUCGCAGUGAUCGGCACGUCUUCAAAGCUCCUGACAUCACUCGACAUCUCCCGAGCUGGGACAAUUCCCGCCUCCGUGCUCGUCAGACUUGUGAAAGCUGCUCAGUCACUCUCUGAGCUACGACUUCAAGGUCAACAUGAAUGCCCAUUGAUCCAGAUUUCCGACCUAAACAAGCUACUUCGCAGCCGCUCUGAUAACCCAUACGGGCUUGAAGUAAUCGUCGAUAAUGAGGAGACAUUCAAAGGACUAGCAGCUUCUGAUCCAGAUGCAGCGACGAAAGCUCGAAGGCGAGAGAAACUGCUUGGAGAUUCUGUCAAAAGUGUCAAGUUAGCGGCCACACUUCAAGCUCGUUUUCGAGUUAGACAACGCGCUCGUGAGGAAACGAGCGAACAAGAUGAUCGUGAAUGGGAACAAUUCUGCGCUGCUUUGGACAUCCAGCGCGUGUUCCGCGGUUAUCGGUGUCGAAUGAAGUACAGUAUCACGCGACGCAAAGUAGUUAAAGCAGUGAUAUUGACCCAGUAUCGUUGGCGCAAGAGGCGACAUGAUCGACGCGUACGACGGGCACAGAGUUACUGGACCAGUCGCUCCGAGCUCAAGGUGUUUAGAGCGUGGAAAUCGCUGCUUUUCGAGACGAAACGAGAGCAGAAGCGUGCUCAAGCUGCGCUAAAAGCGGCAAAGGCUCUCAAUUUCUGGGGGCAACACAGAGUGCCAGUAUUUUUCAGUGCUUGGAAGCAGUUCGUGCAUCAUAAACGAAGCCAUGCUAGGAAAGCGCUAGUGUUCUGGAAAUGCCAGUCGUUGCCCCGCGUGAUUGGGACCUGGCGUGCACUGACAGCGAAGGGAAAAUUGCGCCGCCAACUGGUCACCAAAGUGUUCCUGAACGCAGUCCCACUUGAGACUCACAACUCGACAUCGCAGCUGGAAGGCAGAACUCGGGCGAACGUAGCUGCGAAGCGAUUGGUCUGGCGUCUGUGGCUCAAGUUUGUGCGGGAUCAGAAGCUUUUCCUGCUAAAGGCCACUAUGUCCAUUGUCAGUGGGAGCCUAAGUCACUGGGCAUUCCGUCAAUGGCACCAAAACGCACAGCGUGAGCGCCAACUACGAGACAAAUAUCGCCGUUUAGCAGGCAAGAUCUUCCACCGAGACAAGCUGCUGGUCUGGAAUGCUUGGAUAGAAUUCGUGCGUCAACAGCGAGCGAAACGACGAGCAUUCGCGAAAUUUUCGAGCAAUACCGUGACGAAAUGUUGGCUGCGUUGGCGUAAAUACCACGAGGAUGUUCGAGCUGCUUCUGGCCGUGUAGUAGCUCGACUAAAGAUGAUGAACGCCGCCAGAGCUGUGAGUACCUGGUACGAGUUCACACAAGAGCAGAUUGAGAUGCGCAAUCGACAGCGCCGAGCAAUGGCGUUCUUCAUGAACGGCACACAAGUACGCGUCUUCGCGGCUUGGGCAGCGCAUACAGAGUACGCUAAAUACUGUCGAAAGCGAGUGCGAGCCAUGAUGGCCAACGUGCAGUUAACCUUCACAUUCACAGUCUGGCUUACUCAGAUUCGAGAGCUCCAGCAUGCACGGCGAAUGGCUACACGACUGCAGGGCUAUUGGCGGGGCGUGCUAGCUAGAAGACAAGUGGAAAACCACUUCAUGUACAUGGUUUGGGCCACUGUUAUGAUCCAGAACGCCUGGCGUGGUCGCUUAGAUAAGGCUCUGCUACUUGCAGCCACUCGAAAGGCGCGACUGCGAGAAUAUCUGCGUGCAGAACGUGAAAGAGAAGCCAUGGCUGUUGAAGAGACCCAUACGCGCCAAGUGGAGCGUGAACUCCGUAUGGUUGUUAUACUGCAGCGUCGAUGGCGUGGUGUAGCAGCUCGGCAUUUACUUGAGGAAGUUAAGCGUGCAAGGUUUAUACUUCGCAAGCAGCAAGAGGCGGAAACGCAGGAACUUGUGCGAGUCCAAGCACGACGAAGACAACUGGAACAAGAGCGUCUGGAGCGCGUAAGGAACCUGGCCGCUGUCACAAUUCAGCGUCAUAUCCGCGGGUAUUUGGCACGUCAAUGGUUCGCCUCGCAGAAGGAAUUAUUGGUCCACAUUCGCUCUGCCUCACGCUUACAAGCGGUGCACCGUGGUCGCAUUGCACGUAGACGUACAUCUGCUCUCAGGCGAAGUUAUAUCACCCGGAUGGAGGUACUGACACGUCGAGCAGUGGAAGGAAAAAUGCUGCGUACUCUCGGCGCUCCAACGCGCCCGACGCAGCGAGGACUGCGUAGUUUCUUGGCGUUUUUUGGCCUUGAUCCUGCCACAUUUCUCACUGACAUUCGCUCGGUGUUUCGUGAAGUUCGGGAGGAUUUUGACGAGCUGCGAGCCUUUUUCCAAUUCAUCAAGAAGAAAGUGAACGCCAACGCAGUCAAACAAAUCCAAGCGCAAGCUGCGAUUCUAGAGAAGCCUCGACAACGAACGUUCAACUUGAUGCGCUUACAGAGCAAGUCGCAGGCGGGUCAGCGAUAUCUCAGUCACUUUGAGCAGCUGGUGACUAGUACUGCAGACGAAAAGCGACGCGAAGAAGAGCGCGUGGACCGUGGUGGUGCCGUUCGCGUCGUGUUACCUGGUCAUCCACGUUGUGGCGAGACGGCAUUUGUGCUGAGUGUGGCUGAUGGUGUAGCUCAGGUGAAAAUGGAUUUGGAUGGAGAGCUUGAAUUCUUCCCCUUGAUCAUCCCGUCGACAAAACUUGAACCUGCCAAGCGCGUUCUUCACCGUGUCCCGGAGUUGGCGUUCUCUGCUGCUUACGCCAUUAGCGUCGCUGGGUCUGACGGAGAGAUCAGCGCUAAAUGGAGACAAGAACUCGAAGCGUACGCCGCAUCCAUCGCUGAGGAGUCCAAACGUUAUUGUGCAGCUCGAGUGAUUCAGUGUAUGGCUCGAGUUUACUUCGCUCGCAUGCAAUAUCAACGGGAGCUGGAGCUUCAAGGCGUGAGCGCUGCCAGACGCCAACAAGCUCUGCUUCGUAUGCUGAAGACACUACGAUGUGCGAACACAAGAGUGGCGCGGAUGCUUGUGAUGUUGCAACUGGUACGACCCAUGGACAUCCCCCCUGGUCUUCCAGACAAACCUCUAGGCAUCCAGAAGAUCAUCAAUCGUGUCCAGCGCUCUAUCGCUCGACGUCGUGAGCUGGAGCAAGUGCUGAUGAGACUCACGCCUCUGGAAUAUAAAGGCGCAUUGGUCAAUGAUCAACGGGGACCUGUGGUCCUACCAGCGCCGUAUACUCGCUUCAUCGAUCGACUGCUGCUGUACCCCUUACGCUUGGUACAACAAGCAACAACUGUAGCAAUAGCCAAGCGACUAGCGAAGCGUGGACAAGCUGAACUCGCUGCUUUUAUCGGCGGCGCUGCGUUUGCAAAGACUUUCGAGGAGGAACACGCCAAAGCUAAGAAACAUUUCUUCCCCCAACUCGCCAACUGCUCGUUCUGUGCUUCUGAGGGUUGGGCUCUAGUCCACGGCGUCUUCCAAGAGCGACUGGUAGCUGUGUGGGGUGCCGAAGAACAGAAUGAUUCGCCUCAAAAGUUCCGUACUGCAAUGGUACCGCAUGGCUGGGGUGUAGCCCAUUUCUUGACGGGGCAAGUUCAUUCUGCAAAAGCACCAGGGGACACCGCAGUGGCGACAAUCGCUGCAGUGGCCACCAAAUGGAAUUGGCUGGAGCGCAACUCGAUCGAAGCUCGCUAUAAGAAGCUACGGAUCGUCAAGGCAGUCAAAGCUCAAGAACGCGAAGAGCGACUGGAGGCUCAGGUACUCGAACGUCAGGGUAUCUGGAACGCAAAGCGCUCACGUGAAGGCCCUCGAGGGUACGCCAAGCGUCAUGCAGAGCUCAGUGUUCUCGAGGAGAAUACCAUCGCUUUCCUGGCUCAAUUCAACCGUGAAAUUGCAUGGAGAGAUCGUGAAGAAACGCGCCUAUUGCAAGAAGAAGCUCGAGGGAACGCACAGGCCAAGAGAGAGCGCACGGAGCUCAUAGCGCAAGGUCAAGCACUUCAUAUACUCCAGCAGCAGAAGCCAGAAGCAGUAGUGGACGUCCAGAUCGUGGCUACUCGGAAGUCUGCGCUGGAAUUUUUGUGCGUUGGUUGCUUUAUCGAGGUGGAACUAGAUGACGAGAACUGGUACGAAGCCCGAGUGGAGGCCUUGGACCCGUUUGCUACUUGCACAGCGCAGAUGUUGUACACGGAGGACGACAAACGCGAGACAAUCAAACUCAUAGAAACGAUCAAGACGGAAGAAUCCCCACAGGAUCGUGGCAUGCUUACAGUUGCUCAGAUCGCCCUCGCUGCCCAGCAGAAAGCAGCUUCAGACGCCAUUCCGUUCCGCAAAUGGCGAGCAGGGAAAGCUGUGGAUGUGCUUUGGGAGGCUCCACUGGAAAACGGUGCUCCAAUAACACAGUACGUCGUGGAGUGGAAAGACGAGAGUGGCAAUGGAGGUCUCGCUGGCAAGGCCAUUGUGUCGAGUAACAGCAGUUCUUUAGAUUGUUGGCAUAUCUCGGGGGCCUCACAAGUUGAUACUGAAAUCCAAGAAACCAAAGCUCUCAAAUCCACACCUUCAGUACCGACAAAAACCACUUUAUGGCCGAUUCUUCCCGAGUGUGAACAAUCGAUGCGUGUCCGUAUCGCAGCCCAGAACGUCCAGGGUGUCGGUCUUGCCAGUAUGUACAUGGAGUUGCCUGAAGACCUGACGGAAGUGAGCUACGUGACUGCAGUUCGACUCAAACGACCACCUAUUGACACGACACCACUCGAAGCGCGAGAAACCACUGCCAUGAGUCUGGAGGACACUGCAGCUCAGCAACUUCGAGUGGAAAUGACAUGUACUGUGUGUCGUAUGCCGGGAUUCCGCUCAAUGGAAGAAGUGAGCGAGCACAUUUGUCGGAAUCAUGCAGUUCCACUCAUUUGUCCCUUCCGGUCUUGUGCCCACGUUUGCGCUUCGGAGCGAGCACUUCGCUAUCAUCUCUGGAAUUCCACAGUGAACCAUCUUUCCCUAGAAGAGAAAGCAAGCGCCUUCUUCGUUGAAAUUUUCCAGCUCUCCCGACAGUACUGCUUCCGCAAACCGCGACGACACUUGGCGCCUGGACGAUCCCCACUGACUCAUCAAUCGACUCUAGCAAUAACACCACCACGAGAUGAAUACGAACGCGCCGAUAGAGAGCAAGCCCAGAUCGAGGAGGAAGUAUAUCUAGAAGGAAAGUUCCAGGACGCAGUCAAAGUCUGGCUGGCUCGUGGUCGAAAUCUCCAGGAGAAGAACUUGUCUAAGCAUGAAAUGCAGGAGCGACGUGAGCGCGAGAAUCGCCUGGAGACGCCGUCACCGCUUUACGGUGUCGACUUUGAGUCUCCAGAGAUGAAUGUCGGUCGACGCAAUGCCGUGUUGGAAGCCAUUCGGGUGUUGGAAGAGGAUCUGGAAGCUUUCAGAGCUGAGAUGAACACGCAACUUGACGUUCUGCGCCAUGAGGAAGGCGAGUUACAGGACUACAUCGCUCUUAAAGCCAAGCGUAUCAAAGCCAGCGGAGGUGAAGAAUGGCAAAAGCAAUCGCUUAAACGCGAGCGGAAGAAGGCGGAGGCGUCACUGGCUCAGGUUCGGGAGAAACUAGCGGCGCUGAUCGCCUCAUCCGAGGAAAGAAUCGCCAUGAUGGAGAAAGAAUUGGAGCGCUUGGGAGCGAUCGAGAAAGCUUUCGUACCGUACAUACAUCAACUCAUUCGGACGCUGCGCAUGCGUGCUCUAGUUCAGGAGACGCACAAACUGGGGUCUGAUAUUCUUGAGAGGCACCGCACUCUCUUCAAUCAGUAUCAGGAGGAUCUACGCAACCUGUUGGAACGUAUGGACAACCAAGUGGACAUGUUGAAUGCCUGGAAUGCCAUGAUAGCAGCGCGGAAGAAACAACUGGAAGCGCUUGAAGAGGAAUUGCGACGUCUGCAGCUGCUGCAUGUGGCCGAGCGACAGAAGCUGAGACAGCAACGCGAUGAAAGGGACGAGGCCUAUUUACUGGGGAAACUACGGCAGCAACAGGUACGUAUUGUGUAUCGUCGGGAGCGCGCUGAGAAAGAGGCGAUGGCUAGAAGUGCAAUGACGCGAAUGGAGCUGGCGUUGGAGAAUGCGAAGGCCAAACGCGAGGCCGCCGAGCCCGCUGCAAUUGGCGACGAACUGAAAAUGUCGCUACGUUCGCUUCAUAUUUCCAAUCACGAUCUCACUCUGCACGGACGCUUUUUAAACGGCAAAGCUUCUGAUGCGGAGUAUCUUCGUGACGACGUUGGAAAACAGGCAGAUGGUGCUCCUGUAAUAGAUGCUGCUCAUGUUACGGGUGAUGGCAACAUGACACCUUCGGGUCAAGCUACUUCUGAGUCUAACCCUGCAGCAACAGCAGUGGUCGAGAGCGUUGUGAAUAACGUAGCUGUCGGUGAACCAAUUGCAAAGUCAAAGCCUCGACGACGAACACGGCAGGAGAAUAAACCGAAGCUUCGGGAGCUGGCACAUACGUACGUGCGUUUGGAGUGCUCGUUCCAAGACGGGCAAAUUCAAGGCCACGUGAUAAUCGAGUACAACGACGGCUCCAUCUACGAAGGUCCGUGGGUCGAAGAUGCCAGCGCUAGUGGCGUAAAGCCUUUCCUCUCCAGUGCUGGAGCUCAUCCUGACCCACCACGUAAAACUCGCAAGCCAGCGCACAAACACUGGGGGAAAUUCACAUGUCGAGACGGUACAAUAUGGGAAGGUGAAGGUGUCGACAACUUCUUCUCGCCUUUCAGAGCUAGUGGCGCAAAUUUUCGCGUGACGUCGUGUCCUGCCACUCACAUCUACGAAGGAGCCGUCAGUCGCGGUAAAUUCCAUGGGCUGGGCAUCCUACACAUCCGAUUGGUCUUCGCUCGAGGCGAGUACGUCGGCGAGUGGAAAGAUGGACAACGUCACGGCUACGGCAUCGAGCGGAUGGAGAACGGCGAGCUGUACGAAGGCUACUGGGCAUAUGACCAUCACAAUGGACCUGGUGAACUGGUACUAUCCGAUGGAUCUCGCUACGAUGGCUCCUUCCGUCGUGGUCUCUGGCAUGGGCAUGGUGCUCGCACUCUGACUAAUGGUGACCGCAUCUCGGGGGAAUUCUGUGACGGCUUUUUGGAUGGUUCCGGUGCUGUGGAGUUUGCUGACGGACGCCAUUAUGCAGGGGCAAUGCGACGUACACGACGACAGGGUCAUGGCAUUCUCGUAUUCCUAAAUGGUGACAGAUACGAAGGUUCAUUCGAAGAUGACGAGAUGCAUGGCGAAGGGAUGUUUAUCUCUCGGGGAGCGGGAAGUGAAGGCACUUUGGGUGGGAAGAGUGAGCCUUUGGGACGUCUUGGGCGCUGGGAACAUGGUGAACACAAGGCGUGGCUAAGUAAACCCAGCUCGCAGGUAGCAACCGCUACAUUUGUGCAAUACUUUGGCGUUAUGCAUCGCGAGAAUGGCUCGGGGGAACUAGAACUUGAUCUGCUGCCCAACAAGUUCCGAAGUCCAUACGCUGUGAUGAUAGCGAGGCAGUUGCCUACUUUACCCGAAGGUGUGGAUCCCGAUGAUGCUUUCGUCAAGGCUGUGGUCCAUCUGCUUGCAAAGACACAAAACGUCAUGGUCGGCGCUGAUAUGCUCGAGAAAACUUCAAUGGAUCAUGCAGCCGUCGUGAAGGCGAUCGAAGAGCACGAACCAGAUCUGGAAAAGCUGCGGAACGAGCAGGAGCUAAGUGCUCGUACCAUGAGAGAAGCCAAAGCGCGUGUCACCACGUUAACAACCGAAUUGAACGAAGCUGAAGCUCAGGAAGAAUCCAUGCAGGUCAAAGUGGAGCAGUUCUGGAAACAAGAUCGACAGCAACUCGAGCGUAAGUACCGAGAAGCUGUCGAUGGUCUGCAUGAGCUGGAACCAAUGGACUGGUACAGACUCCGGUCGGCAAAGCUGGACGAUACGUUCAUGUCGAUCUUGAAAGCUUUCUGCGUGCUCCUCAACUUCACGUCCAACUUCCAACUGGAACUGGAGGAGAAGCAGAGGUGUGAGAAGCUGGCAAAGUUCGAGAUGGAGAAGCUUCAGUUGGGUGAUAAAGCUGCCUUGAAGCCUCCUCCUGAGCUGAUAGAGUUCCCGUCACGUCGAGAUGUCUUGCGUCUGUUGUCGAACAGCGACGAAAACGUCAUUUUGGGUGAUCGCGAAGGUUUGAUUCACAGAUACGCGGUCAAGGCGCUGUACGUUUUGCCACUCUUCGAUGCGUACUCGUUCGCUGAGGGGAUUCGGAGAGCUCGACUGCUCUCACUUACCAGCGUUAUCCACCAUCCACGUCUUCGUCCUAGUAACUUCCAACUGCACACUGCAUCACCAGCGCUUGCAGCCACGUGCGUCUGGGUCCGUGCCGCCUGUCAAUAUGCCUCCAAGGCUGCUGAGAUCGCUCCAACCGUACAGAGAGUUAACGCUCAACGUCUGAUCUUGCUCCGUAUGCGUCAAGAACUGGCCGCUGAACGAGCUACUGAGCGACAGGCUAUUGAGGCUGCUGAAGAGGCUCGUAUCAAGUUUGGCAGCGCAGAGAAUGCCGUGAGGAUGAUGCAAGAGACUCGAGCGAGACUACGCAAGGUACUGGAUGACCUCGACGCACUCGAUCGUGCCGAGAGUGAACCCAUGACCAAGCAGAACAUUACACGCCCGCGAACAGGGAUCAAAUCUGUCGAAAUCGAUGAAGAUCUUAACAGACGCGAGGAUAAUUCAAGUGACGUAGAGCGGGAUACUGUGGAGUCUAGUCAUGAAUCGAAAGAGGCGGUGCUGGAGCGGAUCCUGUCGCACGCAGCGCUAGCUCAAGAGUUCACCAUCCUCAAGCUCGAAGUUCACAAGGUUGUGAGUCGUUAUGACGGCAUCAAGUCCGGUAAAGUGCCAUUGAGUGAGUUCCCUGCUGCUUUUGAGAAGUCGAUGCACAAGUCCAUUGUGCCAGGGACGUAUGGAGUCAAAAAGCUUCGUACUCUGCUUGGUCUAUUGGAAGACGUGAUCGUGAUCGUUCCGCCUGAGCGAGAAGGUGAAGUGGAGACUGUGCAGCUCGUUCCCGAGGCGUCGAGCAGUGAGGACGAAGCGGACACAAGCGAAGACCAUCCGAAAGUCAAGCGCGUUCACUACCCAGCGCCACCUCGACUCUCUUUCUUCUGUCGCUCUUGCCCAGGCUUGAGUUUUGCAAAAGAGGGCGAACUGCGCACCCACGAGACCACCAAAUGGCACAACUGGAAUGCGAAUGCCAAACGUCAAGGUCGAAAGCCGCGGAAAUGGACAGUGGCGUCUUCAUGCUGGAGUGAGGUCUACGACGCAGGCUCGGGCGAAGUUUGCUACUACAAUCGCAUGGCGCACCCUAUUGAGGGCAUCCCUGGGAUUGGGCAGAAACAACGGGAAAGAGAGUUAGAAGCGCAUGAGAAGGACCCCCAGAAAGCUGUCGCCGAUCUUGCUGACAUGAUUUGGAAGCUUGAAAAACAGAAGACCAUCAAAGUCUACGAGGCUAUUCAUGUUAUCGGUCUGCUGGUGGAUUGA